UAAGGAGAGCGAAGCCCCAUCAGACACAAAUGUGAAGCCAGCAUCAGCCUCUUUUUUUUUUCCCUGCUCCCUCCCACUGCCCUUUCCCUCCCCCUUCCUCCUUCAUUCUCUCUUCCUCUCCUCCUCAAGGCUCUCUUCCUCGUUCCUUCCUUCUUUCCUUUCUCUCCGAAGCCGCUCUUGUUAUUUAUUUAUUUAUUUCUCCCCUCCCUCCCUCCCUUCCGAGGCAAGCCAGCGCCAAGGCAGGGUUCUUUACAAGAAGACAGCAAACCAUGCAGAAGAGAGAAACUGUGAUGCUGUGCUAUACAGACACAGUAUAUAUUUGAUUUUAAUCCUCCUCCUCCUCCUGGUUAUUGCUCGGAGGUGGAAAGGGAAACGGAGAGGGGGAGAUUGCUUGGGAAUUUUUUUUCCCCCUCCUGAAAAAAAACCCCAACAACAACAACAAAAAAAACCCCCCCACAACCACAACCUACCCCCCCCCCAAAAAAGGCAAGGCAAGCAAGCAAUGGGAAGGAGCCAUUGGGAAGAACCUCGUGCGAGACGAUGUUUUGAAUUGUGCCUCUGUUUUCAAGGAUUAAAGGAUGAAUAGGCACGGCUGCGAUGAAGAGAGAAGGCGAUUCAGGCUCCCCGAAUAAGGCAUCCUUCCAGAAGGGAUCCUGAAGUCCCGGCCAAUAACAUCACCCAGAGAAGGAUCUUCCCUGCUGGGGACAACCUGGCCUCUCUUUGGUGGCAACUGCUGCCUCUUCAAACCUGCUUGUGAAAUGGGUAAUGAGGAGCUGUGGGUCCCAUCAGCCUUGGAGAUGCCGAAGCGACGAGACAUCUUGGCGAUUGUGCUGAUUGUGCUUCCCUGGACGCUGCUUAUCACCGUCUGGCAUCAGAGCGCCAUUGCGCCCCUGCUCGCAGUGCAUAAGGAGGAUGGUGGGGACACCCGUCGUGACUUCUCUCAAGGCUCGGACUCUAAGGAGUACUGCUUAUCUGACCGUGACAUUGUGGAGGUGGUUAGGACAGAAUACGUCUACACCCGCCCACCUCCUUGGUCGGACGCCUUGCCCACUAUCCACGUGGUCACUCCUACUUACAGCCGGCCGGUCCAAAAGGCGGAGCUGACACGGUUGUCCAAUACUUUUUUGCACGUUCCAAACUUGCAUUGGAUCUUGGUGGAAGAUUCUCAACGUCGGACUGCUUUGGUCACUCGGCUUUUGCGAGAUACCGGGCUGAACUACACCCACCUCAACGUGGAGACCCCACGCAACUACAAGCUGAGAGGGGACAUGCGGGACCCCCGGAUUCCUCGGGGAACCAUGCAAAGGAACCUGGCCCUACGGUGGCUGAGGGAAACAUUUAAUAGAAAUAGCAGCCAACCAGGGAUUGUAUAUUUUGCGGAUGAUGAUAACACCUAUAGCCUGGAACUUUUUGAGGAGAUGCGGACCACCCGCAGAGUAUCCGUCUGGCCGGUGGCCUUUGUGGGAGGCUUGCGUUAUGAAUCCCCAAAGUCAAACGAUGCCGGGAAGGUGUAUGGAUGGAAGACCGUCUUUGAUCCACCCACGGCCAUUGCGAUCGACAUGGCAGGCUUUGCUGUCAACCUCAGGCUAAUCCUUCAGCGACCUCAGGCAUACUUCAAACUGCGAGGGGUCAAGGGGGGCUAUCAGGAGAGCAGCCCUCGGGAGCUGGUGACCUUGAAUGACCUCGAGCCCAAAGCUGCCAAUUGCACUAAGAUUCUCGUCUGGCACACAAGGACCGAAAAACCCGUGCUGGUGAAUGAGGGAAAGAAAGGCUUCACAGAUCCCAACGUGGAAAUCUGACAUCAUGCUGCAAAGCCAGGAACAGAUGCCAACAGUUUGUUCCUACUCCAGGCACCAAGCACCCCGAUUCCAGACUCAAACUGGGCCCUUGGUCAACCAGAGGAAAACCACCAAGUCGAGUUGCUCCAUAUACCAGAGACCAGCUUGGGUUCUUGAGCAGAGGAAGAAAAGAAAAAAAAAAGAAAGAUCAAUAAAUUAAUAAAUCAGUAUUUAAAAAACAACAACAGCUCACUUAUGCCUGACCUCCUGGAAACGAUCGAAUAAAAUAAAAUGAAACUAUAAGAGAUUAAAAA